AUGGAGUUGCAAACCAUAUGUUCAAUAAUUCAAGGACUUUUCGCAUUCACUGGAAUUCUAUUAAAUGCAUUCAGUCUUGUUGUCGUACUGCACACACAAACUCUUCACAAACAGAUUUAUUCAUGUUUUAUUGGUUUGAUCAAUAUUGCCACCGUUGUUUAUUGUUUUUCGUUGGUGAUGACAUUUCCCGGAUAUAUGUCGGAUCACAAGGAAGCGAUUGUUUACGUGACUAACCAUAUGCGUUUUAGCGGAAAGAUUGGGAAAUCAUUGCUCCUUUUUCAUUUAUGGAUUGCGGAUUUUGUGAGUUUUUUGAAAAGAUGAAAAGAAUCUUACUGUGAAUUUAAUGAUGUAAAAUAUAAUCCAGUAGAAAAUGUGGUGUUUUUGCCAUAUUUUUUUUUAAAAUUUUUCCUAUUUUUAAAUUUUUCUAACGAAACUGUAAACUCACUGAAGAAUAAAAUUGUAGACUUCUAGAACCAGCAUUAAAAAUCGAACCAGUGAUGUUUAAAUUCUAAGCAGCCACAACUAAGCUACCUCACUAACUACUUUUCUAAUUUCAGAUAAUGCAAGUUUAUCCCCUAUUCUUUGGUUGUCGUUUGGCUACCGCAUUAAUUCGUAUUGUUAUAUUCCCGCGCAAACGAAUAGAAAGAGCUGGAAAAUAUCUAUCAAGAGCUACACUUGGAGUAUUAUCAAUGACAGUUAUUUGCGUUGGAACUUUUGGUUUAACUCAUUGGGAUGCGUCUUUCAAUACUUCAGAAUAUGGCACAUCCAAUUUUACAUAUAAUUAUUUGAGAUAUGAUGUAUGUUGCUUUAAAAAGUCAUUGAAAAGAACUUAUUUUAUUAUUAUUUUACAGGUAAAUAUUACGAUAUCAAGUUGGAUUGCAACUAUAUUUCUGGCAUAUUACCAAUGGUCAAUGUUUAUCUCUAUCGUAUUAGUGUUUUUGUUUUAUUUUCUCAUGAGUUUUCUUCUUGUUCCUGAUACUGGUGCUGGAGAUUUGCAAUCAAUUGCGAAACAAAUCCGAACUAUGCGUUAUAUGCGUAUUCAGGUGAGUUUGUUCAAUUUUAUAUCAUCAAGUGAGACCUUGUGACGAAAAGGACCCUGUUCAAAUAUUGUCUUGAUGAAAAAAAAAACUUUUGUCAUUUCACAUGAAAGGCUUGGCUUCAUCAUUACGAUUUCUGAACGAAGAAGUCCCAUUUAACACGAGGUCACUUUAUGUGGUCUCAUUCUUAAUUGUGGAUUUUUACAGGCUUUCAUCACAUUCCUUUGCCUCAGCCCGAUUGGUGUCUUCAAAUUUUUUGGUUUGAAUAAUCCAAUGGCUGAAAAAUUGCUUUACACUAUGCAAUGCUUUUUUGUCGUGAUUGUUCCGAUUCACAAUUGGUGGAUUCCAUAUUGGCAGUGAGUUUUAAAAAAUCAAACUGUUUUUAUAUUCAAAAUAUGUUGGGUGCUAUUAAAUGAUUGUAUGUAAGGACCACAAAAGUUUCUCUUUUAUUAUUGUGGUGGAAACCGUAAACCUGAAAUUGAGAAAAGUAAUUUUGAAGGCCAUUUUCUAUAUUCAUCUUCAAGUUUAUAUCUGAAACCGAAAUUUUGAUUGUUUCAUUUUUAUUUUCAGCGAAGCUUUGCCCGAAAAUCCACCAGACGUGCGCUAUUUUUGCUGUCCACCUGAACCUGCGCCAAUUGAGAUUCACAUUUACGAACUAUGA